AUGCAGGGAUAUAAAAGCAAGACUCAUGAUUUGUAUGAAUGGAGAUUCGGGGAUGACUUAAAAUAUAUACUGGUGUGGACAACAGAAAAUAGCACAUUUGAAGUACAAGAUGGACAAGGUAUUUUACUUGACCAUGACUGCAAAGACGUCAAUUGUUACAUUACGACAAAUAAAUCACUUCUAAAUGGACGUUACGAGCAAUUUAACGCCAUUGUAUUCCAUUUUGGUCUUUUACGUCAGUGGCUCCCUCGUUUUCUUCCAAAGCAUCGCGCUCCACAUCAGAAAUACGUGUUUUAUUCAAGACUACCCUCAGAAGAUUACCCUAUAUGUAGCCAAACAGUAGAUAACUAUUUCAAUUGGACUUGGAGUUACAAGUCUGCAUCGGAUAUUUUCAAUCCGUUUAUAGAGGUAAGACACAUCAAUGGUACAGUGGUUGCACCAAGAUCUAAAGUGAUAUGGCCUAAGAAUUCAGAAUUAUCACCGGCUAUUUUCAAUAACAUUGACGAGGUGAACACGAAAACGAAGGCUGUCAUGUGGUUAAUGAGUUAUUGUCAACCUAAAGCCACGAACUUAAUGUCUUUAAAGAAAUUGAGUACAUCUUUGAAGGAUCAUGACUUGAGUCUAGAUAUUUAUGGUUGUGGAAAUACCCCAUGUCCCCCAGGCGGAUGUUUGGAACUGAUUAGCAGGCGCUAUUAUUUUUAUUUGGUAUUUGAAUCCAGUGUUACAGAAGAUUAUUUGACUGAGGAGGUUUUAAUGGCGUACGACAAUGAUGCUGUCCCUAUAAUUAUCGGUGGUGGUGAUUGUACCAAGUUUCUGCCAGAUGGCUCUUACAUCAGUUACCAAGGGUUGAAUGAAGUACAGUUAGCCGCCAUAAUAGCCCACACGAUAAAGACACCGUCGAAAUAUCGCGAAUAUUUCAACUGGAAGUCACUAUAUACAAUAAACAGAGUGGACCAGAAUAAAGGUUUCUGUAAACUUUGUACUUUGUUAAAUGAUUACAAGAAGUUUGCUUCCUUCAGCAAUUAUGAAAACUUCAGGCAUUGGUGGCACCAUGGUCCAUUAAGACAAAAAUGUCUGCCGAAAGGAGCAGAAACUUACGACGAGGUUCUUUCCUACGAAAAUAUUUCUAGAGCUAUCAAUGUGGCAUAA